CCUCUUAACUUUUGCGCACAGAGACUGACUUUUACGCACAACGCCAAGUGCAUAUUUUGACACUGAAAAGCCAGAAGAAAUCUUCUUGGGAUGCAGGAGCUUCUCACGGAUCUAACCUGACGUCUGCGGGCCUUUAUAGCCAACACUGUAUUACAGAAAGAAAAUUCACCAGCUUCUAAUCUGAUGGCUCAGAACUUUGGAACAGAUCCGUCAGAUGGAGACUGAUAUGAAAUCUGUCAAGAUAGCUCCUUGAAAUAUAUUCUUCAAAAUAUAACUUUAAAGGUGGUUUCAUUUAAUAAUUCAAACUUCUAUAAAACAGUAACCAGUCAUGCCUCGUCCGGGGAAGAACUCUUACAGCGACCAGAAGCCCCCAUAUUCCUACAUAUCACUGACAGCCAUGGCUAUCCAGAACUCAUCCGAAAAGAUGCUGCCUCUAAGUGACAUUUACAAGUUCAUCAUGGACCGCUUUCCGUACUAUCGAGAGAAUACCCAACGAUGGCAGAAUUCCCUGCGACACAACCUCUCUUUUAACGACUGCUUCAUCAAGAUCCCUCGGCGGCCUGAUCAGCCCGGGAAAGGCAGCUUUUGGGCUCUGCACCCGGACUGCGGGGACAUGUUUGAGAACGGCAGCUUCCUGCGGAGACGGAAGCGCUUCAAGGUGCUGCGGGCUGAGCAUAUGGCCUGCAAGAGCUCCCCGAUGAUGCAUUACUUUCACCAUCACCACCACCACCCGGGCAGCAAGCUGGGCACAGCACCCGGCCACCAUGACCUCUCAGCCGGGCCGGCAAGCGCCGUGGGUCGGCUCCCUCCCUUUCAGGGUUACGGGGGCAUUACAUGCGCACAGUCCGGCGGCUUUAAACACCCAUUCGCCAUCGAGAACAUUAUAGGACGGGACUACAAGGGUAUGAUGGCCAGCGGGCUCCCACUCACCUCGGUCAUGCACCACCUGGGUUACCCGGUGCCCCCGCAGCUCAGCAGCGUUGUCAACUCCAUGUGGCCCCACGUCGGGAUGUUGUCGGAGUCCAUGAGUGGCGUGCACGUACCUGCAUCAUCCGAGUACGCGCCCUUCGGCGUGUCAGCAAAGGGCCUGUACCACAAUGCCAACGGGCAAACCCUGCCCGCCGUUCCUGUGCCAAUAAAACCCACACCAUCCCUGGGUCCCGUGCCCAGUUUGACGGGGCUGCAGUCCGGCCCGUCCCAGCUCUGCUCAUCGGUCUCAGUGAUGGAGAAGAGCGAUCUGCUGGAAGGGAAAGGCAACCCUCUACACCCGGCUCUCCUGCUGUCCUAACUGGGUAAAUUGCGGGUAAUUUUUGAAAAGUAACGCAAACAAGAAGGACAUUGUUAUUGCAUAAAGUAAGACAGAAAAGGCAUAUCAGCAGCAUCAUGGUUUAAGUUAGGUGCCGCUGUAGAAGAGUUGUAAAAACUGGUUAACAUUGUGCUGUGUAAUGAAUUUUUCAUUAGACCCAUGUUGAUUGAAAUCAUAAUUUAUUUGCACAAUUUGUGAGGGCAUUUACCACAUACUGUAAUGUGGCACUGAUAAAUACAAUCAGACAAGUAGAUACGCUGAACCCAAAGAAAAGCUUUGAUUUAGGAGACAACAGUCUAAAAUUAUUCCCAAAUGCAAACCACGAACUCUGUUUAUAUAUUUUUUGCUCUUAUUCAAUUUAUUCUUAAUCUAUGGCAGGCCUAUUAAGUAAAGACAA